AUGCCUUCUAUCUACGCCUCAGUCUUCUUGGCCACUGCGCUGGCUCUCAGCGGAGCGCAAGCUUCAUCUGAAUGCUACCAAUCUGUGCAUAAUUCAACAAUGGGAUUCUUUAGCGGUGCCGCUUUCGGCUUCAGCUAUGAGGUUCAAACCGCCGCUGAUUGUAUGAAAUGGUGUGGCAGUUUGGAAAAGUGUCAAGCAUGGCUCUAUGUUGGAACAGAGUGUGAUCUAUAUCGUACAGCACCGCUGAGCGUUGCUGAGAUCCCCGGUUUCACGCUUGGAGCGUGUGUUUAA